UCAAUAAUUUUCUCCGUAUUCAUUUCCUCUUCCCUACAUUCCCUCCGUGUGUAACGGCCCCGUCGUUCUAGCAGUUACUCUUUUUAACGGUGACAGUAGAUACACAGCUGGCGAUGAACACGUCGAAGAUGCGCCGGAAAGUUGUUCCGGCGGUAGAAAACGGAGACUCCGCCGACAAACUUGACCAGGUCCUCCUAUCCGCCGCCAUCUGCAACGGUGAAGAUGUUGGGCCUUUCGUGCGUAAGGGUUUUGCUUCCGGUAAGCCGGAGACAGUACUUCUUCAUCUCCGUCACUUUGCUCGAUCGAAGGAAUCUGAAAUUGAAGAUGUAUGUAGAGCACACUACGAGGACUUCAUCACCGCCGUUGACGAUCUCCGAUCUCUGCUCUCCGAUGUUGAUUCUCUUAAAUCGUCCCUGUCAAACUCGAACAGUCAACUUCAGUCCGUUGCUGUGCCUUUGCUAACCACUCUUGACUCAUUCGUUGAAGCUCGAAACAAAUGCAAAAACAUUACUCUUGCUAUUCAAUCGCUUCGGACUUGCGUUCAGCUUGUCGAGCUUUGCUCCCGAGCCAAUCGUCAUCUUUCAGAGAAUAAUUUUUACAUGGCGUUGAAGUGUGUGGACUCGAUUGAGAGAGAGUUUAUGAACAAAACACCAUCUACUACUCUCAGGCGAAUGCUUGAGAAGCAGAUCCCUGCGAUUCGUUCACAUAUUGAACGGAGAAUCACCAAAGAGUUUGGUGAUUGGCUUGUCGAGAUCCGUGUAGUUAGCCGAAAUUUAGGGCAACUAGCUAUCGGACAAGCAUCAGCAUCAAGACAGAGAGAAGAAGAGCUCAGAAUCAAGCAACGACAAGCUGAGGAGCAGAGUAGACUCAGUCUUCGGGAUUGUGUUUAUGCUCUUGAAGAAGAAGACGAUGACGGAUUUAAUGGGAUCAGUGAUGACGGAAAGGAUGGUUACAGCAAUGGAAGUAAUGGAAUGUUAGGGUUUGAUUUGACGCCGUUGUAUAGGGCUUAUCACAUAAACCAAACUCUAGGACUUGAAGAUCGAUUCAAAAAGUACUAUUUUGAGAAUCGCAAGCUUCAAUUGACUUCAGAUUUUCAGGUAUCUUCAAUGACGCCCUUCCUUGAAUCUCAUCAGACAUUUUUUGCCCAAAUUGCUGGUUUUUUCAUUGUGGAAGAUCGAGUCUUGAGGACUGGUGGUAAGUUGGUUUCCAAAAUGGAGGUGGAGAAUUUAUGGGAUACUGCUAUGAGUAAAAUGUGUUCUGUUUUGGAAGAUCAGUUCUCUAGAAUGCAAACUGCGAAUCAUUUGUUAUUAAUCAAGGACUAUGUGAGUUUGCUUAGUGUCACAUUGCGUAGAUAUGGAUACCCUGUUGAGGCUUUGCUAGACGUCUUGAGCAAGCACAGGGAUAAGUAUCAUGAGCUCUUGUUGUCUGAUUGUCGAAAGCAGAUAACUGAGGCUCUUGCUGCCGAUAAAUUUGAGCAGAUGUAUAUGAAAAAGGAAUAUGAGUAUUCCAUGAAUGUGUUAUCAUUCCAGUUACAGACGUCAAAUAUUAUGCCUGCAUUUCCUUAUGUUGCACCGUUUUCGUGUACGGUGCCUGAUUGCUGUAGAAUAGUGCGGUCCUUUAUCGAGGAUUCAGUUAGUUUUAUGUCACAUGGUGGUCAGCUUGAUUUCUAUGAUGUGGUGAAGAAGUACUUGGAUCGGCUUUUAACUGAAGUCCUGGAUGGAGCCCUGUUGAAGCUCAUUCAUACGUCUAUCGGUGGUGUUACCCAAGCAAUGCAGAUGGCAGCUAACAUGGCUGUGUUUGAACGCGCUUGUGAUUUUUUCUUUCGUCAUGCUGCACAGCUUUCAGGGAUUCCAUUGAGAAUGGCAGAGAGGGGGAGGAGACUGUUCCCUUUGACUAAAGCCCGCGAUGCUGCUGAAGAGAUGCUUUCAGGUCUGCUUAAGCAAAAGGUUGAUGGGUUCCUUUUGUUGAUUGAGAAUGUGAAUUGGAUGGCCGAUGAUCCUCUACAGAGUGGAAAUGAAUAUGUGCAUGAGGUGAUUAUUUUUCUUGAAACACUAACUUCUACUGCCCAGCAAAUAUUGCCUGUUCAAGUUCUGAAGAGAGUUUUGCAAGAUGUUCUGUGUCAUAUAUCAGAGAUGAUUGUUGGGGCUUUACUGGGGGAAUCAGUUAAAAGGUUCAACGUGAAUGCUGUUAUGGCUCUUGAUGUUGAUAUCCGUAUGUUGGAAUCAUUUGCUGAAAACCAAGCUCCUCUCCUAUCUGAAGCAGAUGCUAGUCAGCUGAAAGCAGCAUUGGGCGAGUCCAGGCAGUUGGUUAAUCUACUCUUAAGCAAUCACCCGGAAAAUUUCCUGAAUCCAGUUAUUAGAGAGAGAAGUUAUAAUGCUUUGGACUACCGCAAAGUUGUUACUAUCUCGGAAAAGAUGAAGGAUCAAAGUGACAGACUUUUUGGGUCUUUUGGCACAAGGGGAGCUAAGCAGAACACUAAAAAGAAAUCUCUUGAUGCAUUAAUUAAAAGAUUGAAGGACGUCAACUGAGUCUGCGAAUCUCUUUUCAAGAAAUGAGAAGCUAUCAGCUUAUGAAGAGCUACAGCGUUAUGAUUUCCCAAUGGGGAUUCUUCCAAAA